AUGGACGAAAGCUCUUUCACGAAUCUCGUAAAGAAAAACAACUCGUCAACCAUGGGAAGCAAAACAAACCAAAAGAAAAAGGCGCAAAAGGAAGCUGCCGCUGCUAACGGAGUUGCAAAGAUCACUCCCCCUGCCUCACCUACUUCCAAUGCCGUAUCCACCUUCGUGACCGAACCAAGAGUCAUCCCUCACGGCGCUCGCAAACCACCAGUCUUUGACACCCUCGAAGCUGAACGUCUCUACAGAAAACAGCGUCUGGCUCUUGCAUUCCGUAUCUUUGCUGCCCAGGGCUUCGAUGAGGGAGUUGCUGGCCAUAUUACUGUCAGGGAUCCAAUCAAGACUGACCACUUUUGGGUUAAUCCAUACGCAGUCCAUUUCGCUCAAAUCCGUGUAUCCGACCUCUUGCUCGUAAACCACGACGGUCAAGUCGUCGAAGGUACUCGACCUGUCAAUGCUGCUGCUUUUGCCAUCCACGCUGGCAUCCACUCCUCCCUCCCACACGUAAACGCAGCCGCACACUCUCACUCCAUGUACGGCAAAGCGUGGUCGGCUCUUGACGCUGAGCUCUUGCCCAUAACACAAGACGCUUGUGCAUUCUACGAACGUCAUGCCAUCUACAAGGAAUACAAUGGUGUCGUCCUCGACACUGAGGAGGGUAAACGUAUUGCUAAGGUUGCCGGUGAACAUGGUCAUGGUGUUAUUUUGUCAAACCAUGGAUUGUUGACUGUUGGUGAAACCGUGGAAGAAGCUGUAUGGUGGUUUAUGUCAAUGGACCGCUGCUGCCAAGCACAAAUGCUCGCAGAAGCCACUGGCCGCAAACUCAAGGUCCUAGACCAUAAAGUCGCUUCCCAUACUCGUGACCAAGUCGGUGGCACAUGGGCAGGCUGGUUUAUGGCCCAAACAUACUUUGAUUUGGCAUUACAAAACAAUCCUGAUGUCUUUGAAUAA